AUGGUAUAUCCCUCAUUCUUCAUCUUCUUCACAUUGCUUCUUACACAUUUACAACCCACAAUCUCUGAACCCAAAAUCCCCGAAACUUCUUUAUCACUUCUCAUGACCAUUAAAGCCUCGUUAGACCCACAUAACCUCAUUCUCUCGUCGUGGUCUCCCAAUGCCACUGAUCCAUGUAAUGGCUCUUUUGAAGGCAUUGCCUGCAGUGAGAAUGGUCAAGUUCUCAACAUUUCCUUACAAGGCAAAGGCCUUUCUGGUAAAAUCCCACCUGAGAUUGGUCAACUCAAGAGCUUGUCUGGGUUGUACUUGCACUUUAAUCAGCUCCGUGGGGUUGUGCCUAAAGAAAUAGCUAACUUGACUGAGCUCACUGACUUGUAUCUUAAUGUGAAUAAUCUUUCCGGUGAUAUACCUCCUCAGAUUGGUGAUAUGUCUGCUCUAAAAGUCCUACAGCUCUGUUACAACAAGUUUACUGGAGGCGUACCCCCUCAGCUUGGCUCUCUUAAGGAACUAAAUGUUCUUGCCCUUCAAUCCAAUCAGCUGACCGGUGCAAUUCCUGCAAGGUUGGGGAAUUUACUGAUGUUAACAAGGUUGGACUUAAGCUUUAAUCACCUAUUUGGUUUGAUCCCAGUAAAAGUGGCAGGUCUACCAAUGCUAAAAGUCCUAGAUAUCCGAAAUAACACUCUCUCUGGAAAUGUCCCUUUAGCUUUGAAGAGGCUCAAUGAAGGGUUUCAGUAUGCGAAUAACCCUGGCUUAUGUGGAAUAAGUUUUUCUUCGUUGAAAUUAUGCACUACUUCUGGUCCAAAUUCAAAUAUACCAGAACCAUUUGCAUCUGGCACUAAUCGUCUUCCUUCAAAAGAUUUGCCAGAGUCUGCAAACGUCCAACAAAAUGGACAUCAGUCCACAAAGCCAAGUUCUGCUGCUGUCGUCGGAGUCAUUGGCCUGCUUGUUGCCAUGGCAGUGGCAGGACUUUUCACUUUCUCCUGGUAUCGUCGCCGCAAACAAAAAAUUGGAAGUGCCUUUGAUUCUGGUGAUUGUCGACCGAGUACUGAUCAGGCUCGGGAGGUUUGCAGGAGAAGCGCCUCUCCUCUUAUCAGUCUUGAAUAUUCCAAUGGUUGGGAACCUUUAGCUAAGGGUCAAAGUGGAAUCAGUUUCUCCCAGGAGUUCUUCGAAAGCUUUAUGUACAAUUUGGAUGAAGUUGAAUCUGCAACACAGUACUUCUCGGAGAUGAAUUUGUUGGGAAAGAGUAGUUUCUCGGCUAUUUACAAAGGGAUAUUACGGGAUGGAUCUGUUGUUGCUAUUAAGUGCAUAUCUAAAACUAGUUGCAAGUCUGAUGAAACGGAAUUCUCUAAGGGAUUGAAAUUAUUAACCGUGUUGAAACAUGAAAACAUUUUAAGGUUGAGGGGCUUUUGUUGUUCAAAGAGUCGCGGAGAGUGCUUCCUUAUUUAUGACUUUGUACCAAAUGGGAACUUGUUGCAAUACCUUGACAUGAAGGACAGAAAUGGGAAGAUCCUUGAAUGGUCUACUAGAACAUCAAUAAUCAAAGGCAUCGCCAAAGGUAUUGAAUACUUGCAUGGAAACAAGGGCCACAAACCUGCUCUGGUUCACCGAAACAUCUCGGCGGAAAAGGUGCUCAUUGACCAUCAUUACAACCCACUCCUCUCUGAUUCUGGUCUCCACAAAUUAUUCGCGGAUGACAUUGUCUUCUCAGUACUCAAGGGCAGUGCUGCAAUGGGAUACCUUGCUCCUGAAUAUACAACCACUGGCCGGUUCACUGACAAGAGCGACAUGUAUGCAUUCGGUAUGAUUAUAUUUCAAAUCCUUUCAGGGAAAUGUAGAGUUACACAGUCAAACCGGCAUGGGGCUGAAAUAUCCAGAUUCGAAGACUUUAUAGAUAUUAACCUUGUUGGGAAAUUCAAGGAAUCAGAGGCUGCUAAAUUGGGAAAACUUGCUCUUCUUUGCACCCAUGAAUCGCCUGACCACAGGCCAGCCAUUAGAACGGUAAUUCAAGAACUCGAUGACAUCAUUUCUGGAUAA